AUUACAUCUUAUUGUUGAUUGCACAUGUGUUCUCAUUAAAUGCUCGGGAAUUUAACAAUAAAAAGCCUAAAGAAGGAAACUUCAAGCUGGAAAAGGUAGAGUAUGAAGAAAAAGAAUCCGAGCAACAAGGUUGAAGGCUUUUAGAAACAGCCACCACCAGCAGUUGUAAUCAAGUAAGCAUUGCUAUUGAAAAUCGCGAAUAAAAAUAUAUUGUCCUUAAUUAAUUAAGGGACCAUUAAAACACGAUUAACCAUCUGAAAAGCUUAGCAUUGACAUUGCUUCUGGUGCUCGCUUAGCCAUGGCAGAUCUCGCUUCAGAGGUGCAAAACAGUAUCGAUGUGGGCAAAGCUUACAUGAAUUUAGGUCAUUAUGACCAGGCUAUCGAUUGUUUCAAAAAAUCCUUACAGAUGGCAACGGCAAUCCGCAACCAAUAUGGUAUAGUUCAUGCUAAUAUGUAUUUAGCAGAUGUUUACGAAAGAUUAAAAGACUAUGAAAAAGCUAUUAGCUGUUUGCGGAAAGUAAGCUCAGAAAUUAGCACGGCCACUAAUUUGGGAAUAGCAAUAAGCGAUCAAAGGCGAAUAGCAGAUAUCAAUUGUAAUUUAGGCAUUUUUUGCAGUGAACUAAAAAGAAAUGAAGAGGCAAUUCAAUGUUUCGAAGAAAUGUUAAGACUUAUGACCGCCAUUGGCGACCAAAAAGGAAUAGCUGAGAGUAAUAGCCGUUUAGGCAGAAUCUACUUAAAUCUAAGUGAAUAUGAAAAGGCAUCUGCUUAUUUUAAACACGCUUUAAACAUAUAUAUUUUCAUUAAUGACAAAAAUGGAAUUAAAGAUAUCAGCAACGAAUUGGGCCGUGUUCACUGCUCUUUAGGUGAACACAGCAAAGCCAUCGAAUGUCACAGAAAAUCUUUAGAGAUAGCAAAGACGGUCCAUGACCAAGCAGGUAUGGCACGAGCUAAUUUUAGUUUGAGCGUUGCUCACCAAGGAUUAAAAGACUAUGAAAAGGCUAUUAUCUGUUUGAAAGACAGUUUAGAAAUUGGCAUGACCAUUAAGGAUAAGUUAGUAAUGGCAGUAAACAAUGGACAGUUAGCUAUUAUUUAUAAUUGUUUAGAAAAGUGUGAAAUCGCAAUUGAGUAUUGUAAGAAAACAUUAGAAUUGGGAACAGAAAUUGGUGAUCAAGGAAUAAUAGCUGACGCAAAAUGCACUUUAGGCAAAUCUAACUUUCGACUAGGAAGAAACGACGAGGCACUUCUCUGUUUCGAAGAAAUGUUAAGGCUUAUGACCGCUAUUGGCGACCAGAAUGGGAUAGCUGAAGCUAAUAUGUAUUUAGGUAAAGUUUAUCAAAGAAUGAAAGACUAUGAAAAGGCAAUUAGCUUUUUGAAAGUCAGCUUAGAAAUUAGCACGGCCAUUAGUGAUCAGCCAUCAAUGGCAGAACAGAAUAGAAGUCUAGGAGAUAUUUAUUUAUGUGUAGAAAAGUGGGAAAUCGCAAUUGACUAUUAUAAGAAAACAUUAGAAUUGGGAAUAGCAAUAAGAGAUCAAAGGGAAAAUCCAAAUGUCAAUUGUAACUUAGGUAUUUGUUACAGUAAACUAAAUCGAAAUCAAGAUGCAGUGCAAUCUUACGAAGAAAUGAUAAGACUUACGACCGCCAUUGGCGACCAAAAAGGAAUAGCUGAGAGUAAUCGCCGUUUGGGAAGAAUGUAUUUGAUUCUAAGUGAAUAUGAAAACGCAUCUGCUUAUUUUAAAAACGCUUUAAACAUAUAUAAUACCAUUGGUGACAAAAAUGGAAUUAAAGAUAUCAGCAACGAUUUGGGCCAUGUUCACGUGAAUUUAGGUGAAUACAGCAAGGCCAUCGACUGUUUCAGACAAUCUAUAGAGAUGGCAAACACGGUCGGUGACAAAGCAGGUAUAGCACGAGCCAAUUGUGACUUGUUUUUUAUUUACCAAAGAUUAGGGGAGGAUGAAAAGGCCAAUAGCUAUUUGGAAGACAGCCUCGAAAUUGGCACGGCCAUUGGAGAUCAGGAAAUAAUGGCAAAAAUCAAUUUCAGUUUAGGUUCUACUUCUUUCAAAAAUAAGGAUGAAAUUGCAAUUACCUAUUACGAGAAAGCAUUAAAAUUUUUCAUGGCAGAAGGCGAUCAAACGUUAAUAACCUCGAGCAAUAUCGGUUUGGGAUCUUGCUAUCUCUCACUAGGAAAAUUUGAUAAGGCUUUGACUUAUUAUAAAGAGGGUUUAAAAUUAGCCAAAACAACUGGAAUGCCAUUAGAGAUAGCAGAAGCGAAUAGACACAUCGGUGUUAUAUAUAGGCUGUUGGGUGAUAAUGAAAAAGCCAUUGAACAUGGUACAAAAAGUUUACAAAUAAGCACUGACAUUGGCCAUUCGUACCUGACAGCGUAUAGUUAUGAGGAUCUUGCAGAUGCUCAUCUGCGUUUAGGAGAAUACAAAGUUGCAUCAUCAUAUUUAGUAAAAUCUAUUAAAUUAUGUGAUGAGCUGUUCCAAAAUACGGUUCCAGAUGAAAACAAACUCUCCUUCACAAGUACUUUUUAUAGAACGCAUAGAGCUUUAAUGAGUUGUUUUGUUUCUUUGGGGUGCAUAGAAUCCGGAUUAUUAGUGACUGAUCUGGGUAGAGCUAAAGAGCUCCAUUUUUCUAUUGAGAGAAAACAAAAUUUAGAUACAGAAUUGUUUGAUUACGCACAAUCUAUAUGGAGCAAAAUUGAGAAUGGGGAGGAAAAUCGGGAAAUAGAGCGAAUACAGAACUCUCUCCAGGUAAAAAAUGGUGAAACUUCAAUAGUGCUAUUUGCUUUUGAGUUGGAUGGAAGUUCUUUGAAUGUUUGGGUUUUGAAUAGUGAUGUCACCUGUAGGUGGUUAAUGUCAGAUGCAGAAUUCGAUCUGUUGAUGCCCCUGAUGAGUGGGUUUUUCACAAUGACAAGUGUGAAUGUCAAUCGGGAUUCAUCAUUCUUUAAACUUAAUUCACUUGCAAAUGAAAAUAUUUUUGAGAGUCACAUGAUCUCACCGCCAACCAAGUCGUGUAAAGGAAAUAAGCUUCAAAACGUGCACGAAAAGAAUUCGGGCGCAGAUAAUCUCAGCCCUGAAACUAUUCUAAAACAACUAUUCAAUCGCCUCAUUCAACCAAUAAGAGAUGCCGUCAAAGGAAAUAAGCUCAUAGUUGUUCCUGACGGGCCACUGUUUUUUAUUCCCUUUUGUUCGUUGAUUGAUGAAAACGGGAGGUAUUUAUCUCAGAGUUACAGCAUUCAAGUAACGCCCUCAUUACACACUCUGACGUUUACCAAAGAACAACCCGAUCACUCUGACCUCGGUUUUGCGUUGUUUGUUGGUAAUCCAAAAGUUUCUUUGCAUGGCACAGAUUUCACACCUACUGACCUACCUAAGGCAGCUGAGGAAGUUGUAAGUCUUUCGAAGCUCUUCACAGCAAGGCCUCUCGUAAAAGCUGAAGCAAAAAAACAGGUUGUUCUCGGACUUCUAAGCGGUGCUAGUAUAAUUCAUAUUGCUGCUCAUGGUGAACCGAAGAAAGGUGAAAUAAUGCUUGCUCCUGACCUUUCUUUAAAUGAACCAUCUUCUUCUCCUCCUAAUCAAGAUUCCUAUCUCCUCACACAGAACGAUAUUACGAGUAUUUCAUUGCACGCUCGCUUGGUCGUCCUAUGCUGUUGUCACACAGGGCAAGGUAAGAUUUCUUCAGAAGGUGUCAUAGGUAUAGCUCGGUCUUUUCUUGCUGCCGGAGCUCGCUCUGUUCUCGCCACACUCUGGCCCAUUAGUGAUGAUGCAACAAAGGAGUUUAUGGAAGCAUUCUACGGCGAACUGCUUCAGGAAACACUAGUUUGUGAAGCUCUAAGAAGGGUAAUGAACCUCUUUCAGCAACACGAAAGAGAAGAUUACCGUUCCAUUUUAAUUUGGGCUCCAUUUACUGUCUAUGGAGAGGAUGUGAUGUUUUCAAAAGGCGACAUUGAAACGAUCAGAGAAAAAUCCAGCGAAACUCUACCCGAGUGUGGUUUUGCGUUGUUUGUUGGUAACCCAACGUCAGACUUGCCUCGAGCUACUGAGGAGGUGAAUUGUCUCUCACAGCUUUUCACAACUAAACCCUUCGUGGAGGGCGAAGCAAGAAAAGAGGUUUUGCUGGGACUCUUGAGCGGGGCAAGUAUUAUCCAUAUUUCUGCCCAUAUUGAACCUAAGCAAUGUGCAAUAAUGCUUUCUCCAUGUCUCUCUUCGAAUCAAGGUUCUCUGACUCUUCCCAAACAGGAUGACUUUUUCACGCAACAGGAUGUUCAGAACAUUUCUCUGAAAGGUAGCUUGGUUGUUUUAUGCCUGAGUCAUUCUGAGCAAGACGAAAUCUCUCCAGAAGGUGUUGAAACUUUAGCUUUGUCUUUUCUUGCAGCCGGAGCUCGCUCUGUUCUUACCACACUAAGGCACAGUGAUGAUGAUGCAACAACGGAGUUUAUAAAAGCAUUUUAUAGUCACUUACUGCAUGAAUCUUCAGUCAGGGAGGCGCUAGAGAAGACAAAGGAACUCUUUGAAAAGCGCGAUGAAGAGGCGUACCGAUCAUUUGUAGGUGGGGCUCCGUUUACAAUUUACGGGGAAGAUCUGAUGUUUCAAAAACAUGAUGUUGAAACGAUAAAAGAGAAAUCUCGCAAAAUGUUUUCUGAUUUUGUUGUAUUACCACCAUUAACUGAGCUUACUGGCUCGUUUGAAAAUCUUCAUGUACAAAAUAGAUUUUAGUAUAGGUUAUCGUCGCGUAUUCUGUAGUUUAGUGUAAGGAAGGGUAUUUACAAGUUCUGUUUGGGUUUAUUGGACAGAUAUCCGUACAUUGGGUAGAUUUCUCAGUCUUUGCUUAUCCAAAAGAGAUAUUCACCCUUCAGCGUGGAUAAACACAAGAUUAACUUAGAACUAAAAAAUGCAUGGUUCUGAUUGUAGAAAAGAGCGUAAGUGUUUAAAAAUUAUAUUUCAUUCAUCGCAUGAAGCGCCAAGUUGUGUAAAAAUUUAAAUCCGCGUUGCGCUAACGUGCCAAGAUGGUUCUUGACUUGUUUUCAUUAAGCCUUAAUUUAUGUUUUCAUUAAGCCUUAAUCGUGCAUAUAUAGACACAGUUUUGACCAAAAGAAGUAAUAACUGACAUGUAUCUGUAAUUUUUCACAACAAUUAGCAGCUAUUUUUCAGUGUUUGAUGUGUGUUAAAAAAUCAGUGAUUCCAUCACACGCUGUUCUCCACGAAAGAUCUUCUCGUUACGUUCCAGGCGUAAGUAUUAAUAUUCAAACUUUAACGUUCUAUAGUUUAUAAACCGUUCGAAAAUCGAAGAUGCUUCCAAGCUGCUGCUUAUUCUGUGGAUCAUGCGACUCUGAAUUUGUUUUUAAAAAUUACAAAACAUUAUACUGGCCAGCGAUGUUAUUAAAACAAGCUGGUAGAACCAACGUGCACUUUCUUCAAACUUCUUUUUGAACCAAUUCAUUUAA